AUGACGUGCACCGGCUGCGAGACAAAAUUGCAGCGUACGCUCGCCACUGUGACUUCGGUGACCAAUCUCAAGACGAGCCUGAUACUUGCUCGCGCCGAGUUUGAUAUCGACCUCUCGGCUGGGUCCGUGGUCGAGGUCAUGAAACACCUCGAAAGAACUACCGAGUUCAAAUGCGAGCGUGUGCUGAACCAAGGAUCGAGUGUUGAUCUCAUUGUGCCGGGCAACGCCGGCGAAUUCGCAAAGCAGGACUGGCCCGUUGGUGUCACAGAUAUAACUGUGCUGGAUGGCAAGACGAUUCGUGUUGCUUUUGAUGCCAAAAUCAUUGGGGCGCGCGACCUCGUCGAGAAAGGGUGGGGUAUAUCAUUGGAGCUCGCCCCCUUGCGAGCGGAUCCGAAUCUUGAAGCUGGCAGUAAGCAUGUUCGUCACGUUGGAUACAUGACAUUGCUUUCGAUUAUCCUCACCAUCCCCGUGCUUGUAUUGGCCUGGGCACCUCUUCCAGAUCAUGACAUAGCCUACGGCUCAGCUUCCUUGGCUUUGGCGACAAUUGUUCAGGUCGUCAUCGCGGGACCUUUCUACCCCAAGGCUCUGAAGAGCUUCAUCUUCUCAAGGAUGAUCGAGAUGGACUUGUUGAUCGUUCUGAGCACAAGUGCCGCUUAUAUCUUCUCCGUCGUGUCGUUCGGUUAUCUGGUUGCACACAAGCCGCUGUCGACUGGCGAAUUCUUUGAGACAAGCACACUUCUGGUCACGCUUAUAAUGGUCGGUCGAUAUGUUGCUGCUCUGGCUCGGCAGAAAGCAGUAGAGUCGAUCUCAAUUCGCUCCUUGCAGGCGUCAACUGCCAUUCUUGUGAACGAUGACGCGACUGAGAAAGAGAUCGAUAGCCGCCUACUCCAGUAUGGUGAUGUCUUUAAGGUCGUGCCAGACUCUAGAAUUCCAACCGAUGGUACCGUCAUUUCGGGAUCAUCAGAGAUCAACGAGUCCAUGUUGACCGGAGAGUCAUUGCCGGUUGAGAAGCAUCCCAAGUCUCAAGUCAUUGCUGGCUCGGUCAAUGGUUCAGGAACGCUCGUCGUCCGACUGACGCGACUUCCCGGCGACAACACCAUCAGCACGAUUGCCGGUAUGGUAGACGGCGCUAAGCUGUCGAAACCAAAAAUCCAAGCCAUCGCCGACCGUGUUGCCUCAUAUUUCGUGCCAGUGGUCGUCUCACUCACAAUCAUCACGUUUGCCAUCUGGAUUGCUGUGGGCGUCGCCGUGAGACACCAAUCCGGCUCGGAAGCAACUAUCCAGGCCAUCACAUAUGCCAUCACAGUCCUCAUUGUCUCAUGCCCCUGUGCCAUUGGACUCGCAGUGCCAAUGGUUGUUGUCAUCGCCUCCGGCGUCGCAGCUGAGCGAGGUGUCAUUUUCAAAUCCGCUGACAGUAUUGAGAUUGCAUACAAGACAUCGCAUGUCGUUUUUGACAAGACUGGAACGCUGACCCAGGGGAAACUGACUGUUGCCAUGGAGAAACACACCAGUGACAAUGUUGGCUUGACCAAGUCGCAGCUCCUUGGCCUCAUUGGCAGCAUCAAGCAUCCUGUGUCUGCCGCAGUCUCCGCGCAUUUACGAUCCAACAAUGUGAUGGGACUGAAAGUAUCGGACCCAAAGUCUUUGACUGGCAAAGGAGUGGAAGGGACGGCAUCAGGCCUCAUCCUCCGAGCAGGUAACUCUCGAUGGCUGGGCCUCUCGUCUGACCCCAUUGUCCAGUCCAUCCUCUCAAAAGGAUACACGGCAUUCUGCUUCACUGUCAACGACUCACUCGUGGCAGUCUUUGGACUUGAGGAUUCUCUCCGGGCCGACGCGCGUGACACCGUCGACAAGCUUCACGCAACCGGCAUCUCAGUCCAUAUCGUCUCGGGCGAUGAUGAUGGCGCCGUCCGCUCGAUUGCCGCACAGCUCAAUAUUCCCGACGCGAACAUCCGUUCUCGCUCCACACCCGCAGACAAGCAAGCUUACAUCCAAACGCUGCUCGACACUGCCACGACAGCUCGCACUCUACCCUUCGGCAAGCAGAAAUCCAAACCACCCGUCGUUGUCUUCUGUGGCGACGGCACCAACGACGCCGUAGCACUUGCGCAGGCCACCAUUGGCGUGCACAUGAACGAAGGCACAGACGUGGCGCAGUCUGCCUCGGAUGUGGUAUUGAUGCGGCCUGCCUUGUCCGGGAUCCUCACUAUGAUUGCCGUCAGCAAGAAGUCCAUUCACCGCAUUGCGUUCAACUUUGGCUGGAGCUUCGUCUACAAUCUGUUCGCCAUCCUUCUAGCCGCCGGGGCCUUUGUCCAUGCGCGUAUCCCGCCUGAGUUUGCUGGGCUGGGUGAGCUGGUCAGCGUGCUGCCUGUGAUUGCGGCCGCUGUGUUGCUGCGCUGGACGAAGAUCUAG